AUGAGCUCCAUCGGAGGUCUGGUACACUCCAUCAACGACUGUAUCAACCGCCGAAAUAGUGCACGCCUGAGGCUGCUGCUCCAGGUGAACAACAGCACCACCCAGGAGGCCGUCUUUGCUGCCAGGAAUGCCAAUCCACGCUGGGACCCCGUCGCGGCAGCCAACCGACUCCCCGAAGGCUGGGCCGAGUUCCUGGCGCUCUUCUGGGCUUGCAUUGUGGCUCUCCAGGAGGGGAAGCGGGGAGAGGCGUAUGAUAAGCUGGUGGCUGCCCUGCAGCCCUUCAUCAAGGCGAGGAGUGUUGAGGGGCGGGAUGUGUUCGUGUUUCGCGAGGAUUCAGAGGACUGGGUGGUGCCCCUUAUGCACAGCAUGGUGCACAACCUGAGAAGCGUUGCCCAGGCCGCCGACCAGGAGCUGGAAGCCGCGGGGAAGCCAGCCACGCGACUGGGGGACUGCGGCGACCAACUACGCAAGUGCUUCGCCGUGGCCCUGCAGGCCCCCGGGAACCAGGGCAAGCGGCUGGCGGCGCUGGAUGUGGUCAAUGUCUCGAUCAAGACCUACUUCAAGCUGAACACGCUGCGACUGUGCAAGAACCUGACACGCACGGUCGUGUCGCGUCAGUUUGCGCCCUUUGAGCUCUUCCCCGUGUCUCAGAGGGUGACCUAUAAGUUUUACGUCGGGCGCCUGGCUGUUUUUGACGAGAACUUUCAAGAGGCACGGGAAAGCCUGGAGUAUGCACUGCAGCACUGCCACCGAGGCGCGGUCAGAAACAAGGCCAAGAUCCUGAAGUAUCUCGUGCCGGUGCAGCUGCUGCUGGGCAGGUUCCCUUCCGCAGCCCUGGUCCAGCAGUACCAGUUGCAGCAGUACCAGCCGCUCAUGCAGGCCAUGCGGACAGGGGACAUGCGCCUGUUUGACACGACCAUGGAUGUGCAACAGUUCACCUUCAUCCAGGAGGGCACAUAUCUGCUGCUGGAAAAGUUGCGCCUGGCCGUCCUGCGACGUCUGCUCAAGCAGGUGCAUGCUGUGCAUGCUGUAGCGGAGCCGGGAAAGGCAACCCAGAUCCCCUUGGACUGGGUCCUGGCGGCCCUGAGGUGUCAGACAGCUGCCGCACCGCAGCAGGAGGAGGAGAUGACCAUGGACGAGGUGGAGUGUGUGUGCGCCAACCUCAUAUACCGCAAGUAUGUGCGGGGUUACAUCAGCCACAAAAACAAGGUGAUGGUGGUGGCCAAAUCCGAGCCGUUUCCACCCCUCGCCUCAAUCAGCUUUGCUGAUGGGUGA